AUGGCAGUACCAAAUAAUUUGGAGUCAAUCACUAUCCAGGGAAACCAUCUUAGAACUCUCCUAGAAACGAAGCCACAUGUUCGAAUCCAUGUUAAAAGAUGGGAUCUUGAGGCAAUGGAAGGGCUACCUGAAUACAUGAGAAUAUGUUACAUGGCACUGUACAAUACUACUAACGAAAUUUGCUACAAGAUCCUCAAAGAAAAUGGUUGGAGUGUCCUCCCAUAUCUAAAAGCAACGUGGAUAGACAUGAUCGAAGGCUUUAUGCUGGAAGCAAGCUGGUAUAACAAUGGUCAAGUACCAAACAUGGAAGAAUAUGUAGAAAAUGGUGUUACAACAGCAGGAGCCUACAUGGCCAUGGUGCAUCUAUUCUUCCUCAUAGGACAAGGGGUCACAGAGGAAAAUGUAAAAUUGUUGAUGAAACCCUACCCUAAGCUCUUUUCCUGCUCGGGCAGAAUUCUUCGACUUUGGGAUGAUUUAGGGACCGCAAAGGAGGAGCAAGAAAGGGGCGACCUUGCAUCAAGCAUACAACUAUUCAUGAGGGAGAACAACAUAACAUGUGAUGAAGAAGGCAGAAAAAGAAUCUUGCAACUCAUAGAUAAUCUGUGGAAGGACCUCAACUGGGAAUUAGUGUCUCGAGAUGCAAUGCCUCUUGCAAUUAUCAAAGCUGCAUUCAACAUGGCCAGAUCUUCUCAAGUUGUGUAUCAGCAUGAAGAAGAAAGCUACUUUUCCAGCGUAGAUAAUUAUGUGGAGUCUCUGUUUUUCACCCCUAUAAUUAAUUGA